GCCCAGUGUCCAGUGACCAUGGCUCGACUCACCGAGGAGAUGGUGAUCGCCCGUUCCAAGCAGUCGGAUUUGUCGGCGAUAAAGAAGCUCAACUGCUGGAAGCUACUGUUACGCGCCGCUGUACUAGCCGAUGGCUUCGGGCCUUUUUGGAGAUAUCCGACUACACUGGCAGUCUGGCUGGAGAGGAAGAAAGUCACACCGUGACAACCUAAGUUUUUCUUUUUGUUUUUAGAAUGAAAAAUAAUUUGUAAAAGUAAAAAACUGUAUUUCCUAACUGAUAUAAUAUAUUAAUAAUACGAAAAGUACGUUUGUUGUUUCACAUUCAGAAGUGGUAUGUACCAAUGUAUAAUUUGAAUUGAUAGAAUAUAUAUAUAACUCCAAUAUGAAGAGAAUUUUAUCAAAUAAAAGUAAUGUCAUUUCAAAUAAGAAAUCUAGACUUCCUUCGCAAUCUGCUACAAGUACGGGGAACUUCUGUGUAGAUGAAGUGCAGAGCCAUUGUAAUGAAAAAGAUUCCGAAGAAGAUAAUGUACAUCCUAAUGUACUCAUUGAAAGGGUAUUGACCACAAAAUUGGAACAAAUUGUUGAAAAGUUUUGUGCCCAAACAAAACCAAUAAGAAAUGUUUCUGGUGAGAAAAUUGUAUGUACUUUUGAUCCGGAUAAUCACGAGAUGAAUAUUAUAAAUUGGUUAGCAAAAAUAGACCAAUUGGGAUUAGUACAUAAAUGGGACGAAUAUUCGAAAAUCGUUAUUAUGCAAACUCGUUUAGUCGGGCAGGCACAAUUAUGGUUCAGUCGUCUGGAUGAAUACAAUUAUACGUGGGAACAAUGGAAGUCGCUACUUAUUAACGCGUUUCCAAGAAAAUUUGAGUAUGCGGAUAUUCUGGAAGAAUUGGUAGCUAGAAAAAAAGUAAACACGGAGACCAUAACACAUUAUUAUCAUGACAAGCUAGCCAUGUGUCGUCGCUGCCGUUUAGAUGACGCUGCAUCACUGUCUUGUUUAAUAAGAGGCUUGCCGCUAGAUUUGCAAAAUAAUGCAAAGGCUUUUAAGUGUGAUACUCCUGAAGAAUUUUACAGCGGUUAUUUAUCCACUUUUGAAAGUUAUCGAAACAAAACUGAGAUUAAAAAUUACAAUAAUAACUAUUCACGUAUAUCUAGAGUUGAACCAGGGACAAAGCGAACUACUGAUGUCAUACCUUCAACUUCUCGUACUUUAGUAAAUAUAACGCCACGACGCAUGAACUGCUUUAGAUGCAAUUCUACUGAACAUCUUGUAAAAGACUGUCCAAUUCCUGAUAAAAGAAUAUGCAAAUUCUGUUCCGAAGUUGGACACAAUAUCUAUCGGUGUCCCAAAAUGGAAAAACUAAUCAAAAAGUCAAAUGAUGACACUGUGCCAAUAAAUAUUGUGCAAAACUUGAAUGAUAUUUAUAGAAAAGAAGUAUGCGUAGGAGAAAAUAUAUUUUCUGGUUAUUUGGAUACAGGAGCACAACUAAAUGUUGUAACACUAAAAAUGGUGAACAAGUUAAAGUAUAACGUGCGAGAAACAGAUGCCUUACUUAAAGGUUUUACGGGUUAUGCAGUGCCUGCAAUGGGGCAGGUGAAUUUAAUAAUAACAGUUGAUGGUUUAACAUUUGAUACAACUGCGAUAGUUACUCAUUUGAAACUACCUGCCGACGUGGAUAUACUAAUUGGGCAACCUAUUAUUAACGCAAAAGGUGUAUCAUUAGUGACAACUCAGAAUGCAGCUAUGUUAAAGGAUGAAAUCGAGGUUAACAAUGAAUUGUUAAAUGCCAAAUUUAAAGUUACCGCUUUCUCAGACGUUGAGUUACCACCUAAAGCGUCAGCAUUUGUUGAAGUAAAUAUUCUAGGAAAUGCCACUGAAGUCGAUGUCUAUACACUACCACGAUUCUACGAUUUAAAUAACAAGAAUUUUGCUGUGCCUGCUGCUCUGCUUACGGGACUAAAGGGUUAUAUCCGUAUUUACAACUUGGGUCAAGAAAAAAUAUUCUGGAAGAAAGACGAUUUAAUUAGCCGCGCAGUACCAUGUGAUCUAAUAGAGGCCAGAUCAUUGGAGACUAAUUGUGAAGGCAAAAUUGAUGGUACAAAACUUCAAGCGGACAAAGUUGAGGUGCGUAACUGUUAAAUUAUUUAAUCUGUCUGUAGCUUUGAGCCUUCUGAUAUAACUGAUUAUGGAAAAUUAUUCUGUCUGCAUCUGCAUAUGAUCUAAGUUUUAUAUUCUGUCUGAUUCUGUCUGAUUCUGUCCGAUUUUGCAAUUCUGAUUUGUUAAUUAAUUACUCUGUCUGAAUCUGUUUAAAAAAAAAAAUGUUACUGAUCUGAUUCUGUUAUUCUGUUACUAAGUUGAUAUUUAAUUUUAAUGUAUGCAAAAGUACGUCAUAUUAUGAAUAAACUUUAUUAGUACAUCGUAGUUAUGGCUGAACUACCUAGUUGAAACUGUUUACUAGUAAAGAAAAAACUAUCCCUUCAAUCAUGUUUUGUUAUGCGUGUUCUCAGCUGCCUGAUGGAUUAGAACCUAAUGCUUUAUCUAACAAAGUAAUUCAAGUAAACAACGUGCCAGCGCUUACGUUAGAGCAUACCUUAAAACAAAUGGGUGGCCGUGAGAUUGGUAAUAUGCUGUUAUCGGAAAUAGAUAUAGGGGAGUUAUCAAAUUCUGAUAAAUAUAAACUAUUCGAGUUAUUAGUUAAAUAUCAUGAUUGUUUUGCUGCUGAUACAAAUGACCUUGGAUCUACAACUUUGUCUGAAAUGGAAAUUCAAUUGACUUCAAAGAUACCUGUUUUUCAUAAACCGUAUAGACUUGCACCGCAGGAACUAGAAAUUGUCAGAGCAAAGGUAAAGGAUUUAUUGAAUGCUGGUAUAAUUAAGGAGUCUCAUUCUAAUUACGCUUCGCCAGUGAUUUUAGUCAAGAAGAAGAAUGGUGAUAGUCGGCUCUGUGUGGAUUACCGGGCUUUAAACGCUAUAACAAUCAAGGAUAGGUUUCCUUUGCCUCACAUCGAUGACCAAUUAAAUAAAUUAGCUGGAAAAUGCCUUUUUACUAGUUUAGAUUUGGCGCAAGGUUAUCACCAAAUACCGCUUCGUGGCGAUUCGACUAAGUUCACAGCAUUCAUUACACCUGAUGGGCAAUGGGAAUAUACCCGAGUUCCGUUUGGACUUGCAAAUGCUCCCGCAGUAUUUCAGCGAACUAUAUAUAAAUUACUGGGCUCAUUGCGUUAUGAGGAGGUAUUAACUUUUAUGGAUGACUUAUUAAUACCGUGCUUAGAUGUAAAUAUGGGACUCAAAACUUUGGAGAAGGUGUUGCAGCUUAUGAGGCAGGCUAAUCUAAAAUUGAACCUAAGGAAGUGUGCAUUUUUGAAGUCGGAAGUAAACUAUUUGGGUUAUGUUGUGACACCUGAUGGAAUUCGGCCCGGCGAACGAAAAUUAGAUGCUGUAAAUAAUUUUCCAACACCUAAAAAUGUUCACCAAGUACGGCAGUUCAUUGGAUUAUGCUCAUAUUUUCGCAAAUUUAUUAAAAAUUUCGCUAUCAUUGCAAGAUCGUUAACUAAAUUGACGAAAAAGAACGCGUCUUGGAUGUGGGAACGAGAGCAAAAGGACGCUUUCUCUGAAUUAAAAUCAUUACUGGUUAACAAACCUGUCUUAGCCUUAUAUAAUAUCGCUCAUGAAACAGAAAUACAUACAGAUGCUUCAAAAAUGGGCAUAGCUGGUAUUCUUCUUCAGAAACAAACGGAUAAGGAAUUUAAGCCUGUUUAUUAUUUUAGUAGAGUCACAACUAAAGAAGAAAUGAACUAUCAUAGCUAUGAAUUAGAAACGUUGGCUGUGGUUGAGUCUUUGAAGCGCUUCCGGAUUUACAUUACUGGUAUACAUUUCAAAGUUGUAACAGACUGUUCAGCAGUGAGAAGCACAUUUACAAAAAAAGAUUUAGUUCCCAGAAUUGCUCGGUGGUGGCUUCAGAUACAAGAUUAUGAUAUGGAAGUUGUUUAUCGAUCAGGAACAAAUAUGCGUCAUGUGGACGCAUUAAGCCGCAAUCCAGUUCGCAAUAUUUUAAAUGUUGAAAACUUAGAAGAUUGGUUUCUGACGGCACAACUUCAAGACGAACAAUUGCAAUCUAUUUACAACCAACUAAUAAGCGGAAAUUUUAAUAAUGAUGUUAAAAACAACUUUUGUAUUCAGAAUCAUCGAAUUUAUCGGAAAACUCUUUAUGGAGAACGUUUAGUUGUACCGAAAGCUGCUCGAUGGCGUAUAAUGAAGAUGUUCCACGAUGAUAUAGGUCAUGUAGGAUUAAAAAAAACUGAAGAGGUAAUUAAGGCAGAUUACUGGUUUUCACGUAUGACUCGGUUCAUUAAAAAAUACGUGGAAGCCUGUUUAGAAUGUUUAUUCAAGAAAGGGAAUUACGGCAAAGUGUCCGGCAAGAUUUAUCCCAUUACCAAACCAGAUGAGCCGAUGCAUACGGUGCAUAUAGAUCACAUGGGACCAUUUCCUAAGUCUAGGAAGGGAAGUCAAUAUGUAGUGGUGAUUAUAGACUCCUUUACUAAAUAUGUUGUAAUCAAACCUACUAAAAGUCUUCGUUCUACAGAAACUAUUUCCAUAUUACGAGAGAUUUUUGCUAUGAUUGGCUAUCCAAACCGGAUAAUUUCAGAUAGAGGACUAUCUUUUACAAGCCGUUAUUUUAAGGAAUUUUGUAUGAAACAUAAAAUUCAUCAUACUUUGAAUGCUAUUGCUGUACCACGUGCCAACGGACAAGUUGAGCGGGUAAAUCGGACGUUGUUAAAUGCACUGCGUACUACUAACCAAGAACAGACUACAUGGGACGAAGCAAUACCUGAAAUUGCAAUGGGAAUGAAUUUUACAGUACAUGAUACCACCAAAUUUACUCCGUAUGAGCUUAUGUUUGCUCAUAAGAAGACUUUGGUACCUGAAAUGACAGGAAAAGAACCAGAAAUUGAUUGUAAAGAAAAGCGAGUGAAAGCAAGCGCAAAUAUAAAGAAAAAACAAAAGUAUAUGGCUACUAAGUGUAAUGAAGAUAGAAAGGAAGCAAAGAAAUAUCAAAAAGGGGAUUUAGUACUUUGGAAUAAUGCGUAUACAAAUACUGAGACGGGAGUUAACCGUAAAAUAGAUAAGUUGUAUGCUGGUCCUUAUAAAAUAGUCAAAGUUUGUCUUAAUGAUCGAUAUGAGAUCCGCAGUAUAAAAGGUAUGAAAGGAUAUAAAAAAUUUGUUGCAAUGGUACCUGCAGAAGCAUUGCGGCUGUAUAAAAGCUCUGUAAACUAUGACACAGAUUCUGCUGAUAGCGAUAAAGAUAUUGUGGAAACGCAAGAUUUGAUUGAUUUAUUAGAAAGUUAAUCUGUCCGAAAUAGUUAGUAAUUUACUAGUAAAAUCUUUGAACUGAAGGUAACAGAGUCAGUUGUACAUUCUCUAAUUUAUUUUUGUGAAUACCUUAUGGGUAUUCACUUUGCAGGAUGGCCGAUGUUACGCGCCGCUGUACUAGCCGAUGGCUUCGGGCCUUUUUGGAGAUAUCCGACUACACUGGCAGUCUGGCUGGAGAGGAAGAAAGUCACACCGUGACAACCUAAGUUUUUCUUUUUGUUUUUAGAAUGAAAAAUAAUUUGUAAAAGUAAAAAACUGUAUUUCCUAACUGAUAUAAUAUAUUAAUAAUACGA